UCUGCUCUCUGUCAGAGUGUCAGCCACGUCGGGUGACGACUCCCCUGGCCUGCGCAGGGGAAAUCUGUCAAAUAGGGACAGUCGGGGGUUGUUGACUAGUCUGGUAAAUAGGAGCUUCUUCCUUGAUGCGCCAAUUAUUUGAUCAGAUUCUAGGAUGAAAUGCUAAAUUUUAUUGGCUUCCAACCGUUGGUCCUUUCAGCGGCUUUGCUUACCCGUGGCGUUGCUUAUACGUAAUUAACUGAUGCGAAAGGAACUUUCUUACUCUUCAUACAACGGCACGUUUUCCACUUUUUUUCCACUUCGCUCUUCAGUUUGAAUGAAUAAUCCAGAGUUGCUUGUUGAAUUGAGCUUCACUUUGGAUAUAGUCUCUGUAUCGCGCGCACCAUCUUCCUGUGGAGCGCUCGUUCCAUCGCCCUGGCAACCAGUCUUCGCGGCUGCGGGGUGACACGGUUAUUUAAUCAUCAGACGCUUCCAGAAAUACGUUUCUUUUUUGUCGCCUACCUCCAUGACACGAAAGUCUGUUUUCUUGAAGUCAGGUUUUACUUCUGUUAAUUCUGCAAUUUACAAGGUUCAUGAGUCGGAGAAGUCUCCUCUUUCAGCGUCAAAAUGCCUGUGAGACGCGGUCAUGUCGCGCUCCAAAACACCUAUCUGGACACCAUUAUUCGCAAAUUCGAUGGACAAAAUCGCAAGUUCCUGAUUGCCAACGCACAGAUGAAGAACUGCGGAAUCAUCUACUGCAACGAGGGAUUCUGCCAGCUCUUUGGAUUCUCCCGAGCGGAGAUCAUGCAGCAGCCUUGUACCUGCCAGUUCCUGGUAGGGCCUGGCACCAUGAAAAGUGCCCUGGCACAGUUGGCUCAGGCCCUGCUGGGUUCUGAGGAGCGCAAGGUGGAGAUCCUCUACUAUGCCAAAGAAGGGACUUGCAGGCCAUGUCUGAUUGAUGUAGUCCCUGUAAAGAAUGAGGAAGGGCUGGUCAUUAUGUUCAUCCUCAACUUCCAAGAGCUUAUAGACCCCUCCCUGAAGAAAGGAGGCAUCAGGCAGAGAAUGGCUCAGGGUUGGGUAUGGGCAGGUCAGAGUCGUAGACUGAAGAUGAGAUUGCCUAUGAUGCACGCCAUGCGCCAGGCCUCGCUCUCCAAAGAGCAGUUCGAAGGGGUGGUGGUCGACUACCUGCAGCCCAACAGCGAGGAGGUCCCGCUGAAAGAGUUCCGCAUCCCAUCCAAAGAGAGCUGCAUGCAAUCAGAGACGGAGGCGUUGAUAGAGCAGGACCUGGAGCCGUCCUCUCCCGCCGGCCAGUCCUCCCCCAAGCGUCUGUCCCUGCUGGUGGAGCGACUGGACCCCGGGGGGGUCUUCCUCGGCGGGGCUCUGCCCCACAGCCGCUCCCGGGAGAGCGUCCGCAGCCUGAGGCGGGCUUCCUCCCUGGAUGACAUAGACAGCAUGAGGGCUGAGUGGACCAGCCGUCAUGGAGACCCUCAGUCCAGCAGCAACCUGAAGCCCAGCACCCUGAACUCCACCUCCGAUUCGGAUCUGAUGCGGCCCCGGACCAUCAGCCGUAUUCCCCAGGUCACUCUCACCUUGAGACCACCGUCUCCCACCGAGAUUGAGAUCAUCGCGCCCAGCAAGGUCAAAGACCGCGCCCAGAAUGUGACAGAGAAGGUCACGCACGUCACGCAGGUGUUGUCCCUGGGGGCUGACGUGCUUCCAGAGUACAAGCUCCAGGCCCCACGCAUCCACAAGUGGACCAUCCUCCACUACAGCCCCUUCAAGGCUGUGUGGGACUGGCUCAUCCUGCUGCUGGUCAUCUACACGGCCGUGUUCACCCCCUACUCUGCCGCCUUCCUGCUCAACGAGGUGGAGGACGAGCGGAGGCGUACCUGCGGCUACACCUGCAACCCGCUCAAUGUGGUCGACCUGGUGGUGGACGUCAUGUUCAUCGUGGACAUCCUCAUUAACUUCCGCACCACCUACGUCAACCACAACGACGAGGUGGUGAGCCACCCAGGUCGGAUCGCCCAGCACUACUUCAAAGGCUGGUUCCUCAUCGAUAUCGUGGCGGCCAUCCCCUUCGACCUGCUCAUAUUCCGCUCUGGCUCUGAAGAGCCCCAGACCACCACACUGAUUGGCCUGCUCAAAACAGCACGGCUCCUGAGAUUGGUACGAGUGGCCAGAAAGCUGGACCGCUACUCUGAGUACGGUGCCGCAGUCUUGUUCCUCCUCAUGUGCACCUUCGCCCUCAUCGCCCAUUGGCUGGCCUGCAUCUGGUAUGCCAUCGGCAAUGUUGAGCGCACCGGCUCUGCCCGCAUUGGAGAGAUGAAGAUCGGCUGGUUAGAUAACCUGGCUGACCAGAUAGGUAAACAUUACAAUGACAGCGACGCAGGCUCUGGUCCCAGCAUUAAGGACAAGUACGUCACCGCACUCUACUUCACCUUCAGUAGUCUGACCAGUGUGGGCUUUGGCAAUGUCUCCCCCAACACAAACCCUGAGAAGAUCUUCUCCAUCUGUGUCAUGCUUAUUGGCUCUCUGAUGUACGCCAGCAUCUUUGGAAACGUAUCAGCCAUCAUCCAGAGGCUGUACUCUGGCACGGCACGUUACCACACCCAGAUGCUCCGCGUCAAAGAGUUCAUCCGCUUCCACCAGAUCCCGGGGGGACUGCGCCAGAGGCUGGAGGAGUACUUUCAGCACGCCUGGUCUUACACCAACGGCAUCGACAUGAACGCUGUGUUGAAAGGUUUUCCAGAGUGUUUGCAAGCGGACAUCUGCCUGCACCUGAACCGCACCCUGCUCCAGAACUGCAAGGCGUUCCGGGGAGCCAACAAAGGGUGUCUGCGUGCGCUGGCUGUACGCUUCAAGACCACCCACGCCCCGCCGGGCGACACCCUGGUCCACAGCGGAGACGUCCUCUCAGCCCUGUACUUCAUCUCACGAGGAUCCAUAGAGAUACUGAGAGAUGAUGUGGUGGUGGCUAUACUGGGUAAGAAUGACAUCUUUGGGGAACCCAUCAGCCUGUACGGUCGGCCGGGCAAGUCCAGCGCAGAUGUGAGGGCGUUGACCUACUGUGACCUCCACAGGAUCCAGAGGGACGACCUGCUGGAGGUGCUGGACAUGUACCCCGACUUCUCAGACACGUUCUGGAGCAACCUGGAGAUCACCUUCAAUCUGAGAGAUGUAGAUAGAAUAAACCAGGCAACCCCCAGCGAGGAUUCUGAAUGUGGAUACCGCCGGCCACGACGAAGAAGAAACUCACUGCACAGACGCAACCGCCCAGACGGCAUGGACCGCGAGGACUCCUACCCGGACCAGUCCUGUCCGAUGGGAAACCACCGAGACCCCAACACCAGCUCCCAGUGGGACGACCUCUGCAGCAGCACCAGUGCCUGCUCCAGUGACGAUGAGAUGAAGCCCGUAGGACACAGCAAAGCUGAGUUGAGAUGCGACACCCACGACUACCGCCCUGCUGCCGUGAGCCUGCUGGGCUCCGGCGGGCCCUCUGCCGGCCUGCCAGGGGCCAUGGAGCGAGGAGGACAUCACUACACGGUGGCAGCCCCAGUCAACAUGCCAGGGUAUUACGGCAUCUGGCCCGAACGGAGGCCCAGCCAGUUCUCAGAGAGCCAGCGCCGCUCGUCCUCAGUGAGGGCCACGUUCCACCCUCCCCCCUGCACAGAGGACAGGCCCAGCGAGCUGGAGGCCAGGCUGGACCUGCUGCAGUCUCAGCUCAACAGACUGGAGACUCGGAUGACGGCUGACAUCAACGUGAUACUGCAGCUUCUACAGAGGCAGAUGGCCCCGGUGCCUCCUGCGUACAGUGCUGUGUCGCCGAGUCCCCAUCCGCCUCACCCUCCAACGCUGUACGAUACAGGAGCCCCCCUUAUCCAUAGCAUCCCCCCUAUCCCACCAGUCCAGAUUGACAGCAUACCCUCCACACUGCCGUGUUCGGAUUCAGACUUCAAGCACAGGUCCAAGGACUCCCUGUCCAGUGGAAUCCACCUUGCUGUGGCCUCUGAUGACACCAUGUCCAUGUCCCCAGAGACUGAGCCUCAUCCAGGCCCACCAGUGGGCCUCCCCCAGCUCCCUGGCCCUGCCCAGGGCCCCCCCAGACUGCUGUGUGGCAGCCAGCGCUUCCCCUCCCUACCUGAGAACCUGGAGACCUCAACAGACGGCCAGGAGAUCCAGAGGCACGUGUCCAACCCCAUCCUGCCAGGCAGCUAGACCCGCCCGCCCCCUCCGCCCUCCACCGAGCACCCCCUGCCCCACCACAGGAGGGCAGACAUACGGUGCUCCAGACACCAUGCUAAUCCUCUUCUUCUCCAGCCUUUUCCCAUCCCUGACCCUGAUCUGUUAAAUGCUGCUGAAGAACGUGGAUUGCCUUUCACACUGCCGAGGGGGAAGAUCAGGAAAAUGCCUCCUCUCUUUCUCCCAGACUCACGGGCCAGUACCACUGGCUCCUUUCCCCUCUCUCGCUCUCUCUCUCUCUCUCUCUCUCUCUCUCUCUCUCUCUCUCUCUCUCUCUCUCUCUCUCUGUCUCUCUCAGGGCCCAGGCCAACCUCUUCCUGAGGAGAACUGACCUGCACUGAGCUGACUAUGAUCAUCCAGAAACACAAACACGUCACACAAAUACUCACAACACGCCCCACAUACCUUUUAAGAUGUAGCAACAACAUACCAUCCUAAUGUUUCCUUUAAGUGAUGAGGUGAGAUUACAAGCAUGGCCGCUUCAUGCUCCUUUUGUGGAGAGAGACACCUUUUUGUCUGCCUGUGUAGGACAAUCACACUGUAGAAGACGUGCACAACCAGCCCGUCCAUAUAGAUUUGUGUCCUUUUUCUUAGAAUUAAAAGAAAAUAUGAAAAUGUGUUGAAUUUAGAAAAAGGGGAUCUUAAAUCAUGAAUGCUUAUGCACAAAGUUAACAGUCACAACACUUUUUGGUUGAUCUAUAAAAUAUAAUGAGAUGAAUUGAGAUGACAACUAAAAUUAAUAAUUAACGGUUGUUUUUUAACCAGUCAUUUGAGAUGGAAGGUUGGUGUUGGUGUGACAACAAGUAACUCAACAUUUCUGAUGAAGGAUUACAAACCAACCUUCAUACGGAAUAGUGCACAACACAACAAAUGUUGCGGCCAUUUUGUGCAAAGAAAUAAAGCUUUCUGUCAUGACCAGAUAAUCAGAUUUUACAAUGACAUACUAUAUGCUAACAUUAAAAGCCAUCUUUGUAAUGGUGUAAUUUGGCCAUUGCCAUGGUUCAUGACAAUGAAUUGCCGUGUGAAUCAAGCAAAGCAGAAAUGUAUGUAUUUUUCCUUUUAGUUUUAGUAAUUGUGUAAAGCAUUAUAAAAAUACUUUACUUUUUAUUUUUUAUAAUGCCAACUGCUUUGCUUGUUUCCCCUAUGUGUGACUAUGUAUCUGUACUGUUGGACAUGACUGUGGAUACAUCAAAGCUGUCAUCUGUUUUUAGGGGUGGGUGUGUGUUCAGUGUGUGUUGACUAUGUUAAGUGAUUAUGAUCACAGUUACAUAUUCAACAUUGCACCAGUGAUAAAGGAAAAUAUACCUAAAUUGUGUGUAAUGAUGGUGCCAACGUCCAUAUGUGUGUUGGUGUGUAAUUGGAUUGAGUUGGGGGAGGUUUCCUGUCAAUGGAGACUGGGUUCUGACUUGGGAUACAGUCAUCCUCUUUUGUGCUGGAAAGUUUCAAAAUGAGGGUGAAUGUAAUAACUUUUGUAAACCUUUGUCACUCUGUAAAGGUUUACUGAAGCACAAAUUAAUUUAGUAUUAUGUUUUUUUUUAGACAAAAUAUUAUUUAUAACAGAAAAAAGCAUCUCUUUGUGGCUUUUCCAUUUCAGUGUGGUAUUGAUCUGAAAUAAGCAGGGAACUUGAUGCAGUGACACAAAGAUCUGCAUGGUAUAGGACAGACAUUCAGGUUUAUUUGGGUAGAACAAAUUCGGUAAUACAAACUUUCAUGAAAAAAGGUACAACAUGAACAUAUGUCUUAUCAAUAUCUUAGUUCAUAUAUUUAUAUGUAUGUACAUUGUCACUUGUAUAGACAUGCUACAAGAGUUUGACAUUGGAGUAAAGAACAUUAAAAAAAAGGGAGUGGUCUACCAAGUACAGAGAAAGAUUAGUACAAGGAAAUCACUCUCCGUCAAUACUAAGCUAAGUAAACGACAUAUCACAGUCAUGACUCAAGAUAGGAACUGCAAAUCCUGGCACAUCUCUAUUUAAACUAUAAAAAGUUAUGACAUGGAAGAUUCAAUGACCGGUUCAGUCAGGCUCUGUUCUGGAUGAUAACAGCUCACGCUCAACAUGCUUCCCACACAGGAAGGCAUGACCACUGACAUUUGAGAACAUUUUAUAUUCUUCCUUGUUCCUUCACUGAUAUUACAUUGCAUCUGUCAACAAAGACCACACCAAUCUCAGUACUAUCAUGGGUAGCUGACAUUAAAUACAGUGUACUAAUCUUUUCUAUGUGUAUGGAAAAAAUCAAACACCAAGGGUAUUUAAAAUGGUUAGGACACAAAAUGAUAAGUGCAGUGUCACUGGUUCAUUGUCCAUAUUCACCUGCCCUACGUUGUUAUAAUCAACCACAAGACCUCAACUGUCCCUUUUGAUAAUCUAUUGGUUGGCAUUUCUUUUUGACACUCAGAAACAGAUCAGUCUGAAAUCUGUGUUUCCAUUGACACCUGAUCAGCAGUAACAGUUGCACCAAACUGGACACUGAUGCAUGUUAGAGCUCUAAACACACUGAACACCACUACAAACAAAACAAAUAAAUAGUGCAUACUCGGUUUGAAGUAGAGGUGAGAUCAAUAAAAAACAGUAAACUAAGAUGUUGUGGAGUAGAACAAGGGAAACUCCCAAGAGCCAGGGAGUUUUCCUAGAUUCCCCUUUCCAAAGGCGUGUCCAUGUGGAGAGAGAAUUGUGUUGAGGCAAAGAGUCUGACUAUUUCAGUCUAUUUCAGUCU